AAGAAACAGCGUCAAAGAGGCGUUGUAAGCAAGAUCUUAUAUAAAAAUGCAGAUCUUCGUGAAAACACUUACAGGAAAAACUAUUACGCUCGAGGUUGAGUCAUCAGAUACAAUUGACAAUGUUAAGAGCAAGAUUCAAGAUAAAGAAGGGAUUCCACCGGAUCAACAACGUUUAAUAUUUGCUGGAAAACAAUUAGAAGAUGGAAGAACUUUGUCAGAUUAUAAUAUUCAGAAAGAAUCCACAUUGCAUUUGGUUCUUCGUCUUCGCGGAGGAGCAAAAAAACGAAAAAAGAAGACAUAUACAACACCUAAAAAGAUAAAGCAUAAGCGGAAAAAGGUUAAAUUGUCUAUUUUAAAUUUUUAUAAAGUGGAUGCAGAUGGAAAAAUCCAACGACUUCGUAGUGAAUGUCCUCAUCCAACAUGCGGUGCGGGGGUUUUUAUGGCACUUCAUAAAGAUAGAAGAUAUUGUGGGAAAUGUGGAUUAACAAUGGUAUUUGAAAAGAAGGAAUGAAUAUACUACUAUUUAUAAAUUUCAUUUGACCUAUUUGAAAACCAUA